AUGUUGAAAAAAGACAGACUCGACACAAGGCUAUGCCAGUACAGUCCCGAAUCCACAGCCCCCUUCACUUCCUACGGGGGCUCCCCAUAUGACCCUUCUCCAGGCAUGGCUGGCUCUAUGGGCUAUCACCCGUACGCCGGUCCCCUGGGCCCGUACCCGUUUGGAGACCCGGCUUACCGGAAGAACGCCACACGAGAUGCCACCAGCACCCUGAAGGCCUGGCUCAGCGAACACCGGAAAAACCCGUACCCCACCAAAGGAGAAAAGAUCAUGCUGGCCAUCAUCACCAAGAUGACCCUCACCCAGGUGUCCACCUGGUUCGCCAACGCCCGCAGAAGACUGAAAAAAGACAACAAAAUGACUUGGGCGUCACGGAACCGCAGCGAGGAUGAAGAUGAGGAGGACAGCAUUGAUUUAGAGAAAAACGAGGAGGACGAUGAGCCGCUCAAAACAGCCGAAACAACACAGACGACCAGAGAUUUAGUUGUCGAUGACUGCACGGAAAGCCGCACGGAAGACCAGGACGCGACGGAUAGUGUUAUCAUCGACGGUGGAGAAGAAGAGGGGCAUCGGACAGAGUCUCCGGUGCCCACGACCUCCUCUCCCCGAGACGAGCCCAGCGAAACCGAGAAGCCCCUCCGUGAGAACUGCAAACCCUCAUCUGUCAUUCAUUCCGCAAACCCGACCCCCAAACCCAAACUCUGGUCUCUGGCCGAAAUUGCUACGUCGGAUAAGAGGAGUGAAGAAGCGUCACAGCCAUCACCAGGGACGUUAUCGCCCGCCGGGUCACCAGCGCAGUGCCCCUUUCCCCCCAGACACUUAUACUACGCGUCUCCUUUCUACGCGGGCUUCACGAACUACGGCGCUUUCGGAAACCUGAACGGUUCGAACCCGGCGCAUCUGAGCGGAAUUAAUCAGGCUGUGUUACACCGAGCGCGAGACAGCAGACUGACUCUGGAGAUGUGCAAAGAACUCACCUUCGAGCACAAGAGGGCGAAUGUUUAGCGUUUCUAUUUAUCGAAACGCUGGACGAAUAGCAAAUGAAAAGCGUUCUUUCUGAACUUUCCACUAAGCAUAAAACUGUUUUUUAUAUUUAAAAAAGAACAUUCUUUUAUUAACAUAUCUAUCGUUUAUUGUGAGAUAUUUGUGCA